AUGGGUGUAAGAGGUUUAGAAACAUUCGUAAAGGAGAAUCGAACUUCCUUGACCAAGAGUGUCACCUUGCCCUCUAUUGACGGUGAUGGCAGUCCUCAGAGCGAGGAAGCAAGGACUCCGAUCAUUGUAGAUGCUUGGGGAAUCAUAUUCAAGCUGUAUCUUGAUACUCUACCAUGGACAUCUGGAGGCGAAUAUCUAAGAUACUACAAACUAGUGAAGAAGCUGGUUAUCGCAUGGAGGAAAGUAGGAUUAGAACCCACGUUUGUUUUUGAUGGCGCAGCACCUCCAGAGAAACACAACACCAUUCUCUCCAGAGCUUCUGAAAAAUUGGUAGCUUGUCAAUUGUUCUACACCACCUCGGUAACAUCACGUUCAUCCCCUUCAUUCUCGAGAGGGGGAAAGGUGGUUCUACCAUUCUUCGCAUCUCAUGCUUUCAUAUUCGCUUUACAUCGAUUGGGAGCCAAGACCCAUUUCGUACCUGCUGGAGAAGCAGAUGGAGUCUGUGUCACAAUGGCUGAGAAAGUCGGUGGAUAUGUCUUUUCAAGAGAUUCAGAUUUCGUCAUUCUCGUAGGGAGAACAGAAAGAGUUAAAGGAUACGUUCCUCUUGAUAUGUUAAGUUGGAUAGAAGGUGAAAUGCCAAAAUUAGAGAUAUCAAAAGCAAAAGAAAACAAAUACAUUCCACCUGGUGCUAGACAUGCAGCGUCUUUAGAAUCAUUCCAACCUGUUUCUAAUGGUAGAAAGAAUAAUAAUCCAUAUUCUUCAGGUAGACAAUCAUCAAUGAUACCACCAUCAACACUCAUAAAUCCAACAUUAGUAUUGACUUUCAUUCCUCCACAAGCAUUAAGACAUAGACUUCGGUUACCUUCAACGCACUUGCCACUAUUCGCAUCACUAUGUGGGACAGAUUAUAUUCCCCCAAGCGUGACUCAACAGUUUUUUGAAAACUCUCUGACUGUCUGCCAGAGGAUCGAAAAAGCAGCUAGAAUAUUGAGAGAACAGCUUUUCGCCCCCACUACUCCCUCAAAGAAGAAUGUGAAUAUAAAUCCAGGAGAUCAAGUAGUCGAAUUAGUCAAAAGAGUUAUCAAGAAACUAUGUAUAUAUCCAUUCGAUACUGAACAAGCUCUAGAUGAAACUGUAGAUAGGAUCAUUGAGGGUGCUUUACAAUACUCCUUACCUCAUGGUGGAUCAUGUUGUUCCACUUAUCCCUUUUGUGGUGAAUUAGAUCCAAUGGGUUGUCAAACUCCGAUCACCAUGGGCGAAGGAACUUUACCCAUACUCAAUCAACCCUCGAUGGACAGUGAAGCUUAUUCAGGCAAAGAAGCAUACUCCGCUGCGCAAAGAAAAGGCUUGGUGGGCACGAUAACACAUGGUUGGUUAUAUCCCGAUAGGAUGUACCAGUGGCAAGUACUAGAGGACGUGUCGGGACCUUGCUUGAAAGCGUCAGAAGGCGCAAGGGAAAUAAGAAGAGCAGCCUGGAUAGUUGCAGAUGAGGGUUUAGGUGGAAUGAGAUGGCCCACGGGCGAAGAAGAUAAUGACGAAGAAGGCAAUCAACUCGGCGGAAAUGAGCCAGAACCCGACAAUAACCAUAUGAAGGUCGAUGACGAAUUGCAGGAAUUAUUAGGAGUAAGCAGUGCGACCGCCUCAGAUGUCGGCGGCGGACGAAGCGAAUCCACUACACUGGUCGAGCGUGACGCAACAUCGGAAAUCGGUUCUUCAGCGACAGUGAACAAGUCUCAAUCUAUCAGAGAAAUGGUAGAAUAUCUUAGACAAGGCUCAACUUCUAGAAUCGUUGCUUCACAACUGUCUUUACCACCGCCUACAAUCCUCACACCGGGAGAAGUACCAACAUGUUCGCGACCCCUAGAGGAAAGACUUGAAUUGUAUCUUGAACCACUGCACUCCAACACCCCUUCUAUACGAUCACUUCCUACUUCACUUCAACCACUAGUAUCACUUAUACGAUUCUCCGUGAUAGACGCCGCUCAACGUUCGAAGGCUAAAACCGAUCAACACAAAUGGCGAAGGGAGGAAGUUGUUGCUGUUUUACGAGCAUGUAUAGGUACAUACACAAUGUGGAAAAGGGAAAUACAUUCCGAAGAAAGUGCGAUGGGAAAGUCCAAGGUAAUCAAUAACGAUGAAGGAAGCGGAGGAAAGUUGUAUCCAUUACUGGAGACUAGAAAUGCUAUUUUAAUAGCUCAAAUAGGGUCUUUCUGGUCGGACGCUCAAAUGUUAGCCCAGGCUUUAUUACUAUUACCUGAAGUUGCAAUUCAACCAUCACCCGAUUCGCCCGUAUCAACAGAAGAGAACGAUUUGGGGGUGACGCAUAUCAUCCCAUUCAUCUUCUUCAGUGGUAUCAAUCUACAUAGUUUAUUAUCAAAGAACGAACCGUCCCCUGCCAGUGGCUGGAGGUGGACGUCAGAGGAACAGAAUAUCUUCGAUCGGUGCUGGACCCCAUUGAUAGACGGAUUAGAAGAAGGUGUAAUAGUGGGUUUAAAUCGUCAAUCCAUUGGGAAAAAUCCACUUAAUAACGAUACGGACACGAUAGCAAUAACCCAGGAGCACCAGGAAGGGGAAGGAGAAGGGGAAGUGGACGGAUCGAAGAAGAGUAAAAAGAAGAAAAGGAGGAAAUCGUCAAAUAGUAUUACAGGUAGGAAUGGUAAUAAUGCUCAUGCGUCGGGAGGGAGAUUUGGGAUAUUGGAAGAUUUGAUCAAUUAA